GGUUGUUUGGGCGGAGAGGAAAAUUGACCCAGAAGAGCAAAGCGCGGGGGGGCGAUUCUAAUUUAUCGGAAAUGCAUCUGUCUGUGAGUCUCCUCUUCUCUCUCUCUCACUCUACGUCUCUUUCUUUCUCUCUAUACCUAAUCUGUAGCUUCUUACAUGCAGACCCCAACAUCAAUGGUUUUUUACCACCACAAGUUAUACAUCGAAACCCGCCAAACAUAAUCUAUGAGAAGAAAAACACAUCUCAAACCAGCCCCACUUUUUUGCUUUUUUUUUUUUUCUCCCAUAUGGAGGAAAAUAGAAAAGAGGAAUAAAAAUUAAAAAUUGAAGUUUAAGACAAAAAUAAGAAAGGAAAGGAAAAGAAACCCCUCUCAGUAGAAUGGAUGUUUCAUCAACAAUCCAAAAAUCCGUACAUUAGUUGUCGAAGAUCACGACACUCGGGAUGGAUGACCACUCGGAAGAGAUCCAAUGAACG